CUGCAUCAUCCCACACCCGCUCCCAGCAACCCACUCUCCACUCCACUCCUCCACCAUGGUCGUCAAGCCCAUCACCGGCAUGCUCCGUAGGGGCCUCGUCCUCGACAUCUCUGUCGCUUUCGGCCUCGGCCUCUCCGCCGGCUACGGCUGGUGGUACGGCUACCACGUGCCCACGGUCAAGCACCGCGACGCCUUCUACACGCGCCUGGAGGACGAGCGCGCCAAGGCGCUGGGGCAGUAACUCUGCUGCGUCCUUCUGCCCCCACACACACGCCUUGCGCACACGCACCUGCUUUCUCCCCGGACCAAAUGCGCUUCUUCUUCCGGGCUCUCGGAUCGCCUCUUUGCGCGCGCACGCGACGACAAUGCCUGGCUUCGGUUUGGGCUGAAGGAGCCGGUUUGCUCGCUUGUAGAUAUACUUUCCUACCUCGGUAUUUCCGUACUCCAUACACCGACUUCGUCUGAGGCUGAGGCUGAGGCUGAGGCUGAGGCUGAGCUUGAGUUUGGGGGGUGCGGCGAGCAAGCGCGUGCAAGCAAUGCUAGUGUAUACACUCUGCCUA